AUGGCGGAGAUCUAUAAUACGGACCGCUUCGCCGAGCUUUAUUACCCAUCGAAUACCGCCGACCUCCUGCAGCUUGGCCUGGCGGCUAGAUUCAUAGCGACCCUCUUCGAGGCCCACCAGGUCACAUACGCCUUCAUUGGCGGCUGGGCCGUCUAUUUAAGAGGGGGACGCCGCCGCACCCAAGAUAUUGAUAUCACCGUGGGGACGACAAUGGACAAUUUGAAACAGAUCCUGACCGCGCAAUCUCGAAUCCACUUCCCAGCUAUCCACGGACGCACCUCGGUCCAAAUAUUCAUCGACACCGGGCACAGCGUGGAUGAUGAGUUCCCUCACGUCCCCGACUUGGCAGUCAGCAUGGACAUAGUGAUCAGUGGGCCAUCGAUAGGCAACCUGGGGACCCCGGCGGAUCUACAAUCCUCGCGGGAACCCAUCAACCCCCAUAGACCCACGCCGCUGGGCUCACCGGUGCUGGUGCUUGGCCUAGUCUUUCAGAUUUACGCCAAGCUCGACGCGUUCUUUCGGCGCGGCGAACAGGGCAGUAAAGACUUUCUGGAUCUGGAAUUUCUGUUCACUCAAUACGCGGCCCAGAUCCCUACUUUCCGAGAUUAUUAUGAUAUCGAGCAGCGGCGCUACUUCUAUACCCAAUAUGCCGCUGCCUAUGUGGCGUUUCCAGAUCAAGUGGAAAAUAUGAGGAUUCUACUGGGCCUUUGA